AUGCUGCGGUACAUGUUCGCAUUUUCUGCUCUGAUUGUCACUUUUCAGAGACACAACGAUUCAGCACAUCUUGAACGGCAUUUUUUUCGCCGCGAGCUGAUUAUUUACGAAUUGAUCGACCCAUACCAUAAAUUAUCUAUCUAUCUAUCUAUCUAUCUAUCUAUCUAUCUAUCUAUCUAUCUAUCUAUAGCUGUGUGUAAAAAUCUCUUUUUUUUGUAUCUUUCUUUCUUUCUUUCUUUCUUUCUUUCUUUCUUUUUUUUUUUUUCUUAUUCUAUCUAUCUAUCUAUCUAUCUAUCUAUCUAUCUAUCUAUCUAUCUAUCUAUCUAUCUCAUUUUGUUCAUUAUCUAUCAAUAUAUAUAUAUACAUAAAUCUCAUUCGCAUUAUCUAUCUAUCUAUCUAUCUAUCUAUCUAUAUAUAUAUAUAUAUAUAUAUUCUGUUCAUUAUCUAUCUAUCUAUCUAUCUAUCUAUCUAUCUAUCUAUCUGUAUGUCAGUAUUUUCCUAUCUAUCUAUCUAUCUAUCUAUCUAUCUAUCUAUCUAUCUAUCUAUCUAUCUAUCUAUCUAAUUCUGUUCAUUAUCAAUAUAUCUAUAUAUAUAUAUAUAUAUAUACAUAAAUCUCAUUCGCAUUAUUAUCUAUCUAUCUAUCUAUCUAUCUAUCUAUCUAUCUAUAUAUCAUUCUGUUCAUUAUCAUCUAUAUAUCUAUCUAUCUAUCUAUCUAUCUAUAUAUAUAUAUUAUUUUCCUAUCUAUCUAUCUAUCUAUCUAUCUAUCUAUCUAUCUAUCUAUUUCAAUCUUGA